GCGAUAGAGCGGCGGAGUGGUUUGACGGGCAGUCGAGGUUGCAGCAGGCAGAGGGAGACGGUGGAAGGUAAAGCAGGGAGGCAGCAUCAUGGCGGACAGAGACAGUGGCAGUGACCACGGCGGGCCCACCGCAGGCCCCGGCUCGCUGCCCCCGGGUGCGUUGGGUGCCAUGUCACGGCUGCAGCACGACACCGAAGAGCUCGCAUCCAAGCGCGUCGACAUCCAGAACAAGCGUUUUUACCUUGACGUGAAGCAGAAUGUUAAAGGCCGCUUCCUAAAGAUAGCCGAGGUCGGAGCUGGGGGAAACAAGAGCCGCCUCACUCUCUCCAUGUCGGUUGCCGUGGAGUUCCGCGAUUAUCUAGGGGACUUUAUCGAACAUUACGCCCAGCUGGGCCCGACUAACCCGGACUUGGUGCAGGAUGAGCCCCGGCGGGCGCUAAAGAGCGAAUUUCUGGUGCGGGAGAAUCGGAAAUAUUACAUGGAUCUGAAAGAGAACCAAAGGGGGCGGUUCCUGAGGAUCCGACAGACCGUUAACCGGGGGCCCGGAUUGGGAAGCGCGCAAGGCCAGACUAUUGCUCUGCCGGCGCAGGGUCUCAUCGAGUUCCGUGACGCUUUGGCAAAACUCAUUGAUGACUACGGCGUGGACGAGGAGCCGGCGGAGCUUCCGGAGGGCACCUCGCUCACGGUCGACAACAAGCGCUUCUUCUUCGACGUGGGCUCCAAUAAGUACGGAGUCUUCAUGCGGGUCAGCGAGGUGAAGCCCACGUACCGGAACUCCAUCACGGUUCCGUGCAAAGUGUGGUCCAAAUUCGGCAACACCUUCUGUAAAUACGCGGAGGAGAUGAGGAAGAUCCAGGAGAGGAGUAGAGAGAAACGGGCCUCCGAACUGCUACCUGAGGGCCCGCUCGGCGGAGAUGACGGCGAGGAUGACUGACGCGGAUUUUAAGAGAGCAGGAGUGAACCAACAAAGAAAAAAAACUGAACUCUGAGUUAACGAGACUUUUAACUGUAAAAUAGAAAGAGAUUUUCCAAGGGAAUCACCCCACACACACACAACCUCCACAGACAUGGCAGCACUUCUGCUGUCUCCUCGCCCAUUCUACUGGAUGUCACCCCACUUACCACCCAUUAAACAGUAAGCCGCUGCUAUCAAGGAUUGAACUGCCUCUUGUUGCUAUCCGAGUGUUUGGAGGCCUCUGAAGUAUUCAGGAUGGUAUCUAGACGUGCACUGGGUCACCUGUCCUUAGAAGUCUAUAAACUGCAAUGAGCCUGAGCUCUCUUGCUUUGGACUGCCCAUCACAGGACAGGUGAACUACACUACAUUGAAUUCGUCUAGUUCAAUAUGAGUUAGGAAAAUGUGAUCGGCCCAAGGACAUCCACAGAAAAAAAAAACGAGUUUGAUAUAUUUCUAAUGAGGAUCGCAGUCCUUCUCUGGAAUACUCUUUGUCAGACACAUAGCCCUUUCCUUCCUUUGACCCUUUAAACAUCUUGGUUUCCACUAUUAACAAAUAAUUCCCCCAAGUGGUUAUUUCACCUACUAGCUAUAUUUAAAGUAGGUUGGCCUACACCUGUUAAUACGUCUGGUCAUAGGCCAUGUCAGAGUUGAAUGCCAUCUAGGUUGCAUGAUGAGGAGGACUUGUGGCUUGCGGCUUAAGAGACCUCAGGUGGAUAAAAUGUACCAAUGUGGUCAUAGCCUGGGCUUGCCAUUAAUACGGGAUAUAUGUGGCUACACUUAAGUAGAAAGCACACCUGAGCUGAAACAGUGCCCUUUGAAUCGCUGCCAAUUAAAGUUGAUCUGUGUUUGAUUAGGCAUGCCUGUAACAACACGGCCAAGGAAAAUGUUCAAAGAAAAUCCCAUCUGUUAUGUGCAGGACUUUUUGGCUAAAUUGCGUCUCUGUGUAUUGUUGAAAGGCCUCAUGAAGCCUGGAAAUGUAUAGUAGAAAGCUUACCAGCAGCCUAGCUUGACCUAUUGACCCAUCUGUCAGACAGAUCCAGUUUUUCAUUUUCAUCUCUGUUUGGAGAAAUGAUAUUAUAUCCUCACACUGCCCUUUGGAAUAUAAAAAGACCAUCCUCAUCAAACACACAUACAAGCCACCAAUGACUAUGUGCCCAACAAAGCACAUCUGAGGUCGUUCUGAGUUCAUCUGGAGUUCACCAUGAAUCUGGACUCUAUGUUGAGAUACAGCACUUACUCUCCUAAGUGUCCUAACUUGAGCUUGAUUCAAUUCAGGCCUCUUGGAAGCCCAUGCUACAUGAAGACUGGAAAUACUAUACUUCCUUUCCCUUACAAACAAAUAAAAGGAGAGCCUAGACCUGGUCAUAGUUAACAUUGGUAAUGCCUCACUCUGUUUAACGCACACAUUUUCUAAAAGACUAAAAGACGUGUCUUGUUUCGUUAAGAGUCUGUAAUCGCCAUGUGCUACUGGGUCAGUUGUGUUUGUAGUGCAGAAUGAUUGUGUUGUGAAGCAUGACUUGUCUAUUAAGGAAUUAGCUUUAUCUGAGUAACGGAGGAGGGGGCACUUGGGAUUUUGCAGAAAAAAAAAAACCAUGGGACAGAUUGGGAUUUCUCAGCUUUUGAGACCUUAACCGAGUGUCCCAGCUAAACGUGCAGUGACCUUGCAGCCAUGUUGUGACAACACCAAAUGGUCAUCCAUUUCCGGGACCCAAAUGCUAAAAUGGUUGGCUGAUGUUUGCUGUCUUGCUCUCUGCAUGAGGCUUCAGUGUUGAAGCUGUUUGCUGUCUUCAGAUGUUUUCUGGCUAACUUCAGAGUAAUAUUUGAUGUUUGACUGAAGCACUGACAAGAAUAAUGUCUUGAUUUAUUAUACAGCUACAGCCAUCGUAGCAAUCCUUAAUCAUGACCUUAUCCUGUCUUUCUCUGAUAUUACUGCUGAGUUCAUCAAGUCCCGUUUUGUUUAAAGCAGGGAUUUUAUGCUCCUCAGUAAAAUGUGACCAGACCAUUUCUUAUACAUUUGAAUAGAUGUUGAAAUAAAUUGUAGAUGAUACUCUUAAUGCAGCAGUAGUUACUUGUUGCAUGUAAACAUAAUCGAUUGUUCCGAUCUUAGUGGAUUGCUAUGAUGGCUCCAAUGGCAGGUGCUUGGUCAGCUUGUUCCCCGUGUCUUAAAUGGGGAGAUUAUUCAUGUCUUUGACUGCAGUUCAACAGCCACAGGUGCAGGACUGAUAACAGCAAAUAUCAGCUAUUGAAAAGUGGGUAAACAAGUACUGACUUUAAACAGACUGAAACUUCCAUAAUGUCUAUUAGAUAACCAAAUCUGUUCUGUUUCUGGUUACAGUGUUGUAGUCUUUGAUUGGCCGUUCAGAGUUCCUGGUUAAUCACACAGCCAAUUGCAGCAUCUGGUCAGAGCCAAGCACUGACUCAUCCCAAACUACUGACAGAGAGAGUCAUUCAGCACGCCUUCUGUUUGCACAGCAACCAGGUUGUAGGGUCCAUCAUGUUUGCAGAUUGGACAGGCUACUGUUGUGUUUAGCUAUAAAGAAGUUCUUUCAAAUGUUUGGAACUGGAGUUUAAGGGGAGGGGCCAAUGCACAAUGAACAUAUCCCAUGUCACCGUUUGGUCUGUAUCCCUUUACCAUCCCCAUAUGAGAUAAUAUGUUGUAUCUUUCAAAAAAUAUUUUAUCUGUGGUGUGUAUGUAUAUAUAUAUAUAUAUAUGCGUGUGUGUAUGUGUGUGUGUGUAUAUAUACAUAUAUGUAUAUAUACAUAUGUAUAUGUAUGUAUAUGUGUAUAUGUGUGUGUAUGUGUGUGUGUGUGUGUGUGUGAGUGACACACACGCACACACACACACACACACACACACACACGGUUUGUUUGUUAUAUAUGAUGCUCCUCCUUUCAGAAAAAUAUAACAUGUAAACAGGAAAAACAUAAUGCUGUUUUUUUCCUUUGUAUUUUAUACUUACAGAGAGCAUUGAAUAAAAAAAUGGAUAACUACUUGCACUUUAGAUAUAUUAAGAAAAAUAAAUAUCUGCAUAUUAUUUUUUAUAGGGAUCUCACAUUCAAAGAGUAUAAAUUACAGGCUUUGUGACUAUUGCUGGACAGAGAUGUAUUGAGUUUGACUUAUUGAAGUACAUUUUAUCCGUGUUUCAGGAGGUUUACUAAAGUAAAUUGCAUGAUAAAGUAGUGCUACACCGAUAUUGUUCCUUUUUUUUUGUUGUUAAAAAUGUCUGAAAACUGUGAUAACAACCCUCUUGUAUCAUGUUUAAUCUCUCCCUUAUAGAAUAUUUCUACCUGAAAUAUGGCCUUUCCUGACUACAUGACAAUGGUGCUUACUUUGGCUUUGACAUCAAGCUCAUUCUGUACAUCUCAACAUCUUUAUAACGCACAUCCUUACACUUCAUUACUUUCUGUUAUGUACUCUCACUACCUUAUUAAAUUUCCGUUGAUGGACUAAAGGUGUGCUGUUUUGUACAUUGCUGUUUGUUUUAAUGUUCGGGGAGCCUUGUUGUCUGAAAAUGACUAAUCGCGCAAUAAAAAGUCAUUCCAAACGUC